AUGGCAAACGAGCAUUCCCCUGAUACUCACGAGCGACCAUGGACCACCAGUGUCAGCAAUCAUGAAGCCACAACGGAUCUCGACGCAUCAAGCCAUGACUGCGAAAAGGCCGCGAAGGUACUCGAAGCAGCGAACGUGACAGGUUUCACAUCAGAAGAAGAAGAAGAAGCAGAAGAAUAUACUGUCGAUUGGGACGGCCCAACUGACCCAGCGAACCCACGAAAUUGGUCUCCACGCAAGAAAUGGGCGAUAGUAAUCAAGAAUUCUGCUCUGACGCUCUGCCAAGCCAUGUCCAUCACCAUGGUUGCUCCAGUCAUCCCCGAAGCAAUGGCAGAUUUUGGAUCUGACAACGCAGUCAUCGCUCAACUGCUAGUUUCGAUACAAGUGGUAGGAGUCGCCGCAGGAUCCUUGGUCCUGUCGCCUCUUUCGGAGCGGUACGGUCGGUCGCCUCUGAUGCACGCGACAAAUCUGGCGUUUAUGAUUGCAGCCAUUGUGUGUGCGCUCAGGCCAAGCAUCCCCGUGUUGAUCGUGGGUCGCUUGGUCAUGGGGAUUUGCACCAUAUCACUUGGCGGUGCUUAUAUUGCGGAUAUGAUGGACCCGGAAGAUCGUGGAAUGGCGCUCAAUGUGUGGAAUGUGGGACCGGUGUUGGCUGCAUUUUGGCUACUGAUAUGCCUCGUUCUCUUGCCUGAAACGUAUGCUCCACGACUACUCGAGAUCAAAGCCAAGCGACUGCGAAAGACGACAGGCGUCGAAUCCUACCAGUCGUCGUACAACAAGUCCGGCCAGCUGCGAACUUCUCUGCUGCCUUCUCUCGCUCGACCGUGGAAGAUGUUGAUCCGCUGCCCAGCAGCAGUCAUCCUCUCUCUAUUCGGAGCCAUUGCGUACAGUUACAUGUACUUCAUGUUCUCGACCUUUACCAGUGUCUUUCAAAGCACCUACAAGUUCAACUCGGGAGAGGCAGGACUCGCCUAUCUUGGGUUCGGAAUCGGUUCACUCACAUCGCAAGUGGCCAUUCACAUCUUUGGCAAGUGGCAGGAAACGCAACGGACCAAGACAGGGAGCACGGCCGUCCAGCCCGAGCACCAUCUACCCCUUCUACAGUACGCGGGGGUUCUCAUGGCAGGCGGACAUCUGUGCUAUGGCUGGUCGCUGGAAUAUCAUCAACACUGGACGCUGCCAAUAGCGGGAACUUCACUCAGUGCCUGUGGGAUCGUGCUCGUCUUUCAGGCGGUGCAGGCAUAUCUCGUCGAAGCAUACACGCUGUACGCUGCCAGCGCCAUCGCGUUGAGUAUCGGGGUGCGAUGUGUCUGUGGUCUGACUAUCCCUCUGGCUGCCCCGCGACUGUAUCAAGAGCUUGGAUACGGCUGGGGCAACACGCUACUUGCCGCAUUUGCGGCUCUUAUGCUGCCUGUAGCGCUGUUGUUGGUUAAGCACGGGGCAAAGUUACGCGAAAGGUCCCAAUUCCGCGAUUCACGUGAGUGA